GGCCUCCGCCGCGCCUUCAGCUGGCUGCGGGGCAAGCGGCGCAAGAAAAAGACAGCAGGGGCCGAGGGCGCCGAGCAAGCUGCCCCCCGGGGUAAGAAGGCGGACGAUAAGGCCAGGAAGACCAAGGGCAAAGGCCGAGGCUCUGCUAAGGCUGAGAAUGACAAACGUCUAGGUGCAGGACCUGGCCAGGGGCCUGGGUCUGUCGUGGAUGAGCACCAGGACAAUGUGUUCUUCCCUAGCGGACGACCACCUCACUUGGAGGAGCUGCACACACAAGCCCAGGAGGGGCUCCGUUCCCUCCAGCACCAGGAAAAACAGAAGCUGAGUAAGGGCAACUGGGAUCAUGGAGACACCCAGAGCAUCCAGUCUUCCCAGACAGGGCCAGAUGAAGACAGCAUCUCUUUCUGCAGCCAGGGCACAUCCUACACGGCAGAGAGCUCUACGGCAGAGGACGCGCUCUCCAUCCGCUCAGAGAUGAUCCAGCGCAGAGGCUCCACCUUCCGACCCCAUGACUCGUUCCCCAAAUCUGGCAAGUCUGGGCGGCGGCGGCGAGAACGGAGGAGCACAGUGCUGGGAUUGCCACAGCAUGUGCAGAAGGAGCUUGGCCUGCGGAACGAGCGUGAGGCACCAGGGACUCCUCGGCCUCCUAUCUCCCGAGAUGCUGUCCGCAUUCCCACCGUGGAUGGCCACCAAGGGGGUCUGGCCUCAGGGACAGGUGUCCGGGUGUCCCUGCAGGCCCUGGAAGUGGAGGCAGAAGCUAGUACUGAAGCAGAGGCUAUGCUGCAGCGCCACAUCGACCGUGUCUACCGGGAUGACACCCUCCUUGGCCGGUCCACAGGGGCUCGGCCCCCACCACUUACCCGGCCCAUGUCCCUGGCAGUGCCAGGGAUGACAGGAGGUGUGGGGCCUGCAGAGCCUCUAAGCCCAGCCAUGUCCAUCUCGCCCCAGGCCACCUACCUGUCGAAGCUGAUCCCACAUGCGGUGCUGCCACCCACAGUGGACGUGGUCGCCUUGAGCCGCUGCAGCCUGCGCACACUGAGUCGCUGCAGCCUGCACUCGGCCAGUCCAGCCUCCGUCCGCUCCUUGGGCCGAUUCUCGUCAGCCUCAAGUCCUCAGCCCCGCAGCCGCCACCCAUCCUCCUCUAGUGACACCUGGAGCCACUCUCAGUCCUCUGAGACCAUUGUGUCUGACGGCUCUACCCUCUCCUCCAAGGGUGGCUCUGAGGGCCGCCCAGAGGGCUCUAUGGCGAGCACCAGUGUGGGACCCCCUCCCCCGGGGGGCAGUGGGAGGGGUUCUCCUAGCGGGGGCAGCACUGCUGAGGCCUCCGACACAACCAGCGUCCGGAGCAGUGGGCAGUUGUUCAGUCGGAGCAUGUCCCUGCGUAAGAUGAAGCGGCCCCCACCACCUCCCCGCCGGACCUACUCACUCCGUCAGCGGGGCUCAGCAGUCCCUGAUGGGCCCCUGGGGUUGCCACCCAAGCCUGAGCGGAAGCAGCAGCCACAGCUGCCUCGGCCCCCCCCCACUGGUGGGUCAGAAGGAGUGGGCACAGCACCUUGUCCAUCCAGCUCAGCAGGCAGCUGGGUGCCUGGCUUGUCUCCAGGGGGCUCCCGGAGACCCCCACGCUCCCCAGAACGGACACUCUCUCCCUCCAGUGGAUAUUCAAGCCAAAGUGGCACCCCUACGCUUCCCCCCAAGGGUCUGACAGGUGCCCCUACUUCCCCAGGCAGGGCCCAGCCCCCUAAACCAGAGCGAGUCACUUCCCUGCGCUCUCCCGGGGUUUCUGUCUCUUCCUCUCUCACUUCUCUCUGCUCCUCCUCCUCUGACCCAACUGGCUCCCACAUUUCCACCACUCUGAGUGACAGGUUUGUCAUACCUCCUCACCCCAAGGUGUCUGCUCCCUUUUCUCCGCCUCCCUCUAAGCCCAAGAGCACCAACCAGGCUGCCCCUGCCCUGGCUGGCCCUGCUCUGGCUGGCCCUGCUUUGGCUCCUGGGCCCGUCUUUGCCAAUGGUAACAGUCCUGAGCCCUCUUCCAUUCCUUCGACAUGGCUGACCCCACCACAGGAGACUCCUGUGCUCACCAAAGGCCAGUCUCCCCCACCAUCCCCACCCCCAUCCUACCACCCACCCCCACCACCCACUAAGAAGCCAGAGGUGGUUGUGGAGACUCCAUCCGCCCCAGAGACUGCUGAAGAGCCCCUUCACGAUCCCAGCUGGCCCCCACCUCCACCUCCCGUCCCUGAGGAGCGUGACCUGUCCAUGGCUGACUUCCCACCCCCGGAGGAGGCUUUUUUCUCUCUGGCUGGUCCUGAAUCUGGGGAUUCUUCAGAACCCCAGGAGCCUGCUAGUGCUCUGGUCGUAGUGCUCCCUAUAGCUGCUUUCUCUCCCCAGAGCCAGCCUCUUGGUCCCCCAGAGCCUCCAUCUCCCCCAGCUCCACCUCCUACUGGUUCUGCUGCAGGACUUCUGACCAGAGUCCCUCAGCAGGAACCUGGGGCCUGUAGCAAGAGCAGUGGAGCACCCCCGGGGGACUCCAGUGCGCCCCUCGUCACACCGUCGCUCCUACAGAUGGUGCGGCUGCGUUCUGUGGGAGCACCCACAGGGGUUCCAGCACCAGCGCCAGGACCAUCAGCUCCCCAGAAACCACUACGAAGGGCCCUGUCACGGCGGGCCAGCCCAGUGCUUGCCCCCUCCUCAGGGCUCCAUGCUGCUGUCCGACUCAAGGCCUCCAGUCUGGCUGCCAGUGAGGGCCUUGCAGGUGCUCAGCCCAAUGGACCGCCAGAAGCCGAGCCAAGGUCUCCCCAGUCCUCCGCCUCUACAGCCAGCUUCAUCUUCUCCAAGGGUACAAAGAAGCUGCAGCUAGAGAGGCCUGUGUCACCUGAGUCCCAGGCUGACCUCCAGCGGAAUCUGGUGGCAGAACUUAAGAGCAUCUCAGAGCCACGGCUAGCCCAGGCCUCGAAGAAGUUGCCUAAGGCUCCCCCACCUGUGGCUCGCAAGCCCUCUGUGGGAGCUCCCCCUGCCUCCCCUAGGGCAGAGCCCCUUAUUGCUGCUCCCACCAAUGGGCUGCUUCACACCAAGAACAGAACUACAGGGGAGCUGGCUGAGAACGGAGGUGUUGUGCAGCUGGUGGGCCCGGGGGAGCGGAAGCAGGGCCUGCCUAGCUCAGGUACAGUGGGCAGCGAUGGAGUGUGA